AGCCACGGCGGUGGUAACAAUAAUCAACAAUUCACACUCCCUUGGUUUCUCAUUUUCCCUCGUUUUCUCAUAUUUUCCACUGGGAAGGAAAAGGAGGCUUCAAGGACCAAACCUACAGACCUAAACAACUGGCUGUUGUUUACUUGUUUUUCUUUCUUUCAAACCUUGCUUUCUUUUUCUCUCUAUAAAGAAGAAUAGAAUAAAGUGGGCAAGGGGAGAAAUAAUAAGGUGAAAAGCACACUGCUUUGAGGACCCAAGAGGGUGUGGUCAUUGUUGGAUUUCAAUGGCCAUGAGUCUUGGGAAUCUUGUAAUGGGGAAUGUGGUUUUAGGGGUUCUGUUUGCUUCUUGGAUUUGCUCUGUUUCUGCUUCCGUGUCCUAUGACAGUAAGGCUAUCACCAUUAAUGGGCAGAGGAGGAUCCUCAUUUCUGGAUCUAUUCACUAUCCAAGAAGCACACCGGAGAUGUGGCCAGAUCUUGUACAGAAGGCAAAGGAAGGAGGGCUAGAUGUGAUUCAGACAUAUGUGUUUUGGAAUGGACAUGAGACUUCCCCUGGCAAAUAUUAUUUUGAAGGGAAUUAUGAUCUAGUCAAAUUUAUCAAGCUAGUGAAGGAAGCGGGGCUCUAUGUUCAUCUGAGGAUUGGACCUUAUGUUUGUGCUGAGUGGAACUUCGGUGGUUUCCCUGUUUGGCUGAAAUACGUUCCAGGUAUCAGUUUCAGAACAGAUAAUGGCCCUUUCAAGGAACAAAUGCAAAGAUUCACACAGAAGAUUGUCAAUAUGAUGAAAGCUGAACGGCUGUUUGAGUCUCAAGGAGGUCCUAUAAUUCUAUCUCAGAUUGAAAAUGAAUACGGACCCAUGGAGUAUGAAAUUGGUGAGCCUGGCAAAGCUUACACUCAGUGGGCAGCUAAAAUGGCUUUGGGUCUUGGAACAGGUGUCCCAUGGGUCAUGUGCAAGCAAGAUGAUGCGCCUGAUCCUGUUAUUAACACCUGCAAUGGUUUCUACUGUGACUACUUUUCUCCAAACAAGGCAUACAAACCCAAGAUGUGGACAGAAGCCUGGACUGGCUGGUAUACUGAAUUUGGAGGUGCAGUUCCUUACCGCCCUGCUGAAGACUUGGCAUUUUCAGUUGCAAGGUUUAUACAGAAAGGGGGGUCAUUUGUUAAUUAUUAUAUGUAUCAUGGAGGAACAAAUUUUGGCCGAACUGCUGGUGGUCCUUUCAUUGCUACUAGUUAUGACUAUAAUGCUCCUCUUGAUGAAUAUGGACUGUUGAGGCAACCUAAAUGGGGUCAUUUGAAGGACCUGCAUAGAGCAAUAAAGCUCUGUGAACCAGCUUUAGUAUCUGGAGAUCCCAUGGUGAUGCCACUCGGCAAUUAUCAAGAGGCUCAUGUAUUCAAGUCAAAAUCUGGAGCUUGUGCUGCCUUUCUUGCCAACUACAACCCAACAUCUUUUGCAAAAGUCGCAUUUGGGAAUAUGCACUAUAAUCUGCCUCCUUGGUCUAUCAGCAUUCUUCCUGAUUGCAAGAACACAGUCUACAACACUGCUAGGGUAGGUGCACAAAUUUCACGGAUGAAAAUGGCUACCGUUCCUACCCAUGGAGAGUUCUCUUGGCAAGCAUACAGCGAAGAGACAACUUCAGAAAGUGACAGUUCAUUCACAGUGGUUGGGUUGUUGGAGCAGAUAAACACAACCAGAGAUGUCUCUGACUAUUUGUGGUACACAACAGAUGUCAAGAUUGAUCCCAGUGAAGGAUUCUUGAAGACUGGAGUAUAUCCUGUUCUUACUGUCUUGUCUGCUGGCCAUGCUUUGCAUAUUUUUGUCAAUGGUCAACUAGCAGGGACUGCAUAUGGAAGUCUAGAAUUCCCCAAAAUAACACUUAGUCAAGGUGUUAAUUUGAGGGCUGGUAUCAACACAAUUUCACUUCUAAGCAUUGCUGUUGGCCUCCCGAAUGUUGGUCCACAUUUUGAGACAUGGAAUGCUGGUAUUCUUGGUCCAGUUACGCUGAAUGGUCUCAAUGAGGGAAGGAGAGACCUUUCAUGGCAAAAAUGGUCUUACAAGGUUGGUCUCAAAGGAGAAGCUUUGAAUCUUCAUUCACUAAGUGGUACUUCCUCAGUUGAGUGGGCUGAGGGGUCCUUAGUGGCCCUAAGGCAGCCGCUGACUUGGUACAAAACAACAUUCAACGCUCCUGCUGGUAAUUCUCCAGUGGCUUUAGACGUGGGAAGUAUGGGUAAAGGCCAAGUAUGGAUAAAUGGGCAGAGCAUAGGACGCUACUGGCCUGCAUACAAAGCAUCAGGUUCCUGUGGUGGCUGUAACUAUGCCGGAACAUAUGAUGAGAACAAAUGUAGAAGUAAUUGUGGAGAGGCUUCUCAAAGAUGGUAUCAUGUUCCUCGUUCAUGGCUCAAACCAAGCGGUAAUUUGUUGGUUGUGUUUGAAGAAUGGGGUGGAGACCCGAAUGGAAUUUCUUUGGUUAGAAGAGAAGUAGACAGUGUAUGCGCUGACAUCUUUGAGUGGCAGCCUAACCUCAUGAAUUACCGGAUGCAAGCCUCUGGUAAAGUCAACAAACCGCUCAGGCCAAAGGUCCAUUUAGAAUGUGGCCCUGAGCAGAAAAUCUCAUCUGUAAAGUUUGCUAGUUUUGGAACACCAGAAGGCACCUGUGGAAGCUACCGUCAAGGCAGCUGUCAUGCUUUUCACUCCUAUGAUGCCUUCCAAAGGCUUUGUGUUGGCCAAAACUUUUGCUCAGUGACUGUAGCACCAGAAAUGUUUGGUGGAGAUCCUUGUCCUAAUGUCAUGAAGAAACUCUCUGUGGAGGUAAUUUGCAGCUGAUGAACAACAAAAUCAGAAACCACAAGAAAUAAACAUGGUCCUGCUCGAUUUCUUUCAAGUCCAACAUGGUAUUUAGCAAAUUCUUUUUUCGGGGUAAAUUAAAUCUACACGUCCAGGAUCACAACCAUUUGCUUCUGGCUUUUCCUGGGUGAAGUUGUACAAACACACAACACACCUUGCCGCAAAAGCCGCAUACCCUGUGAAGAUGAUUGCGGAUAGGUAUUUUUUGUAUAUAGUUAAAGUGUUUGAUCUCUGCAUGAGGCACAGAACCGGGAAGUGGUAGAAGCACAGACGACAAUUUCCGGAGUCCAUGUGCAAAAUGUCCGAAGAGUUCAGAAAGUGGAAAGCUUCUGGUUUCUAGGAACAUCAUGCUUAUGUAUUUUAUUCAAGUUUGCGGAAAGCAAUUCCCUCAUUGCUGUUCUUGCAAGAAAAACUUGAGAAGGCAAUAAAAUAUCGAUCUUCUAUCCCAUAUUCUCAUUGCAAAGCACUUCUUAAACUGUAUGUUCCUCCUACUCAUGAACCGGCAAAAGGUUUUUGUAACAUGAAUAUGUCUUGUGAAUGUAUAAAUGAGGGUUGUAGGC